AUGUCUGACUCUUUACCUCCGUUAUCCCCGUCCUCCUCGGCAUCCCCGGCAUCGCCGGCUGGGAAGCCCGGAAAGACCAUGUCGCUUGCAGCUAACAAUAUUGUACAGUUCAUGCGACGCGCUGCAGCUUCGAAAGAAAGUCAAACUCCUCCUUCCGAGCCCACUUCCCACACAUCUAAACGCCCGCGUCUGUCCACCGAAGCCGAGAGUCCUCGUGCCUCCGAUAUGGAAGCGAUCACAGCUGCGCUUGCGGCCGAGGAGGAAAAGCGACAGCAGGCCCUGGCCCGAGCAGCUGCAGAGGCUGGUGAGACCCACUGGGUGUUGGACGUUCCCCCUGCGCCCCAGGCCACCAAACAACCUCUUGUGUUAGCGGCAGACUCGUUGGACGCAGAGGACCAGGGCUGCGGUGGACGACGGGCGUUUGGAAACUUCAAGCGCAAGGAGCGCAAGGAAGUAUUUGCGGAAACUGGGGAACAGUAUACCGAGGAAGAACAGACGAUCAUGAAUACAGGGGAUCCGGAGGAAAUUGAGAAAAUGCAAAAAGACAAGCUCAGAAGAUACAAGCAAGCACGCCAAGGCCCAAAGCUCUCUGACCUCACCAGCAUCUCUGGAUCUGGCCGAAGUCGGAUGGUGGGAGCACCGUCAUCUGACAAGAAGAAGAAGAAGCGCAAGAGCUAUGAUGCUUGA